UGUGACAUGCGGCUGUCACUGCUGCACUAUGCCUUGCCAGGGUCCUGCCCCUCUGGGGACUGAGUCACGGUGCCCGAGCAGACCGGUAUGAGGCCGAGCAGCAGCACAGGCAAUAAUAUAAAGCUGUAACAGCAGAGAGCGAUACGGCCUGGACAGUACUAAUCAUGGAAUCAUUUGUGAAGUUUACAAACCAGAGUCAAGGGAGAGAUCGACUCUUCAGAGCUACUCAGUAUGCAUGCAUGUUGCUUAGUUAUGUGUUAGAGAAUAAGGCUGGCAGAGAGAAAGUGGUAAUGAAGCUCAAACGAGUGGAAUCUAACAUGAGUUCUGGGCGUAAAUUGUUCCGACUAGGCAACAUGGUGCAUGCCAUUGAAGGUGCAAAAGCUGCUGCACGGCUCUCAGAUCCCAUCUUAUGCUACUGCUUAACAGCUGUCAAUUUAAACCGUGUUCUUUAUUUUACUUGUGACACUGUCCUGUGGGCGAGAAGUGUGGAUCUAGUAUCUGGCAUCAACAAGGAGAAAUGGCGGCAUCGAGCUACUCAGUGUUAUUUCUAUUCUCUCCUGUUUCACAUAGCCAGGGAUUUGUAUGCAAUAAGACAGUGCAUGGAGAGAGAGGCUAAAGAGAGGAGACACUUGACAAAAGAUGCUGAUCAUCGGAAUGGACCUAUUCUAAACUCUAACAACACCCUGAUGAAAAGCCUUGAGAAUUUCCUCAUUUUACUCUUCAUGAGCCUAAGGAACCACCCACCUGUCUUAUUGGACACAAUCAAAAAUGUGUGCGAUCUUUUCAGUCCUCUCGACCGCUUAGGGGUUUACAAAACUAAUCAAGGAUUUAUUGGUAUAUGUGGCCUGGUAUCUUCAAUUUUGGGUGUCAUUACAGUUGCAAAUCCGCUUUUAAAACUAAAAAAUUGAGAUAACUAGGAAAGGGGACAAUGAUCAUAACAAAAUGUGUUCUCAAUGCUGCUAUUUGCUACAAAUGAAAGUUUUUACUAAUUUAGAGAAUAUUUAUACUAGAAAUAUUUUAUUGGUAAUUAUUGUUUUAUAGGAUUUUAUAAGCUGAGAAUGGUCUGCAUUCAGAAUAUAUUUUUCUUAUACAUUAUUACACUACAUGUGCAGUGGGAAUAGGGUCUAAAAUGGGAAUGAUUUAUCUUUCCCAUGGUCAGACUUCAUCCAUCGAUUGGUAGCUGCUACCAGACAGUAAUGUGGCUGUGAAAUUGUUCUUCAAUGUAUCACACCACACUUAUUAUAAAGUAUUUAUAAUAGAUGUGUUCUUUUUUUCAUUUGUGAAGCACCAAGACGUUGAACAGUGAUUGUAGUUUUCACCCAGUCAUCAUAUAUUUUUAAAAAUGCUUUGGGUGUUUCAUGCAGGGACUCCUAGAAUUGCAGUUCUCUACGUGAAUAUAAUUCACUGCUCAACAGUUUCCUUUUUUUUUUUUUUUUUUACUUUGAGUGUUCUGUUACUCUGGAGAAGGAAAGACGUAAGCCAGGUACACACUACGCAGAUCACUCAGCGGGAAAGAUAAACGUUCCAAUGCUCUGACAGAUUAUACAAUCAGUGUGCACCCUGUACAUACGCAGUAAUUGUUAGCUCAGUGUGUACAUUCUUCAGUGGGAUUGGGAGGCAUCUCCAUUUUAAAGCAGCUCAUAAGAUGCGACCUCCCAUCCCAAAACAUUUGCAGGAUUGCGUGAAGCUGUUUAUCCAUUAACGCUCCUGCAUACACGCCUAUGUAUUUAUUGGGUAAUGGGCCCGAUAAUUGUAAAGGUAUGUACCUAGCAUGACACCUUUUGUUUUCAUGUUUACAGUUGCAACAUCCUCAUAUCAAAUCGUAAUAUUUUGUUGCAUGUUGCAAUACAUGAAUGAGGUUUGUAAAUGGCUACACAAUAUCAUUGAUUGUGGUCUGUGAUUGGUUCUAGGCUACCUCCAGAGCAUCACACAGCUUUUGAUUAUGACUAGGCUGGUAGAUGAACCGUUGAUACCUCGAGCAGCCUUAGUUUGGGAGAAGCUAAUUAAAACAGCUUUAGAGCAUUUUUAUAUAUCUGUAGCUGGCCAACAGACUUAACAAGAAUCAAAAAAUCUUUUUGAGUAUAAUUAGGUAACCUGUAAUCAGACAUGUAUUCAGCGAUUCCUCAGUUCAGCGAUUGUGUAUUCAGCGAUUCCUCAGUUCAGCGAUUCCUUAGUUCCUCUCAUGAUUUAUUGCUUUGCACAGGAGAGACUCCUUUUGUGAAUAGUAUAUUUAAGGGGGGCAGGCUUUGACAAACAGUGUAAGCAAAAGAGAAGAUUACUUUAUUGGUUUGUUAGAGCCAAUAAGUAAAAUUAUAUUUUAGGCCACAUAAUUCCAUCUAUGACUAAAUUCUAAACUGUGCUAUUUUUGGACUGCAGUGCUGUUAAAUGGUAGCAACUUCCAAGUGUAAUGACAUUGCUAAUAUAUAUAUAUAUAUAUAUAUAUAUAUAUAUAUAUAUAUAUAUAAAAAUACACACAGUGUAUGUGUGUGUGUGUGUGUGUGUAUAUAUAUAUAUAUAUAUAUAUAUAUAUAUAUAUAUAUAAAUAAAUAUAUAAAUAUAAUUAUACACUAUUCUACAAACCUGGAAUGAUUGUGGUGGAAAAGACUUCCGUGAUUGGGAUCCACUAGUCUACAGGGCACAGCAAUAUCACUAGCGCCGGGUACACACGAGACAAUGUCUGCACGAUAUGCCAUUUCAUAACGUCAUAUUGCCUACAUCGCUCAGUGUAUAUGGGGGAUUGCGCGCUCCCGUGGCUGCUAGUGACGGUCGCUUGGUUGAAUGUGUUGCACAUACAACCAAGCGUUGUCGCUAGCGUCCUGCAGUAUGCUAAUGAAGGACGGAACAUGUUCCGACCUUCAUUAGCAUCGCCCCAGUGUCUACAUACGAUCUAGGAUUGACGGGGAUUCGUUCCGACGUCAGAACAAACCCCCGUUGUUCUAGUAUGUACCCGGCUUAACUCUAAUGUUUCAAUCCUUAAUCAGGCCUUCAAUGCAGCACAAAUUGUCAUCUGUGGUGGUAGUACUUGGCCAGCUGGAUCACUGCUUAUUUUGAACGUCUGUCUUGCCGUUAUCAAAGGCAUUGCACCAAACCUGAAUCCGUGACAUGACGUUAUCACUGUACACUCGACAAGUUGGCGAUGAUGUGCCCUUUAAAAACUGAAAUCUGAUCCUUAAAAAAAAUUCAGCAUGUAAAAAGAGUAGGGGGGACUGCUUCCAAUGCACAGAAUUCUAUAUUGAACAUUUUGCAGGACUGGUAUAAUAGCCAUGAUACACCCAUUAUUAGUGAUCACUCUAGAAAUAACAAUAGGCAGGGCACCGGCCUGCGGGGGCAUAUGUGUGCACGCGCAGCCAAAAAUGGGGCGUGCCCAUAAAACAUCACUUAAGUGGGCGGUGCGGCCCACAGACGUUACUGUAGUGGGCAUGAGCGGCCGGCGGCGUCACUGUUAGGGGCGUGCGUAGGUGCUGGGCUUCCCCCAAGCUCUCUCCCCUAGCCUGCACGCUGGGAGAGCAGGAAGCGGGCAGGCUGUUUUAGCAGGGCGCCGCAGAAACAGAGAGGGCAGAUUUUGCCCAUAAACAAUCGGGCAGGGCGCGGCGCCCUGCUAAAACAGCCUAGCGUGAACACUACAUUAUUAUUCCCAGCAAUUACAACAGGUAGCAGCUACUGCAUCCACUGCGUGUAUUUCUGGUACCAAACAGCAGGUAUACAGUUCCUUUAUGGUUGUACAUGUGCUUAAGUGAGUUUUCCAAUAACUGUUCUUAAUUAACACUAUUACUGUAAUGUACAGUAGGUGGCAACUAGUGCAAUAACAGUAGAUUUUAUAUAUAAUUCAGGAGUUGAUAUACACUGAUAUAAACUGGUAAUUCGGCUAAGGAUUUUGUAAAGCUGAUUUGAGAUUUCUGUAUUUUAUAAAUGUGCUGCUGUAUUCAGUAUGGAUUGAAGGAUGUGAAUUGAGAUUCUUUAUUCUUUUUUUAAUUAAUUUGUAAAGAUAGCGCCUCAGUACCAAUACUUUAAAAAGUGAAAACCUAUAAGCAAGUCUUACAUACAGUAUAUGAGGUUUUAGGGUAGUUAUUUUUUUGUAAACCAGGAUUUUUCAACCUUUUUGGUUCAGAACCUCCUAUUUAAUAUUUAUUUUCAGAAUCUGUUAAUGUAUCCGUUUUUUACAAGUACACCCUAAUAUGUAUAAAUGUUUAUGAACAAUUCCCAUGUACAGUAGUUAUGUUUUAAAUACAGUUCUUAUUUGUUUUAAAUGUUUUAUGUAAUCUUGGCACUAUAAUGAUUUGCUUAAAUCUACAAGUAGAAGUGUAUGGCAGAGGUACUGCUGGGGGAUGUAUGUACCACAGGCUGAGAUAUCCUGCUGUAAACCACUUACAUCCUUGAAAUUGCUCAUAUGAAGAUGUGUAAACAAAGCAAUAAAAUCGUUUCCAAAAAUAA